UUCACUUCAGCUUAUUCAUUUUAAUACUUUGGCUAUCAGUCACAGAGCAAUUUUAUACGUUCCAGCUACUUUAAAACUAAGAAAUUCCAGCAAAAUUAGCCGUCUUAUGCGGUAGCCGAAAUUAACGCAAAUGGGUUUGAAACGCUUCGUAUCCUCCUUGAUUCGCAAGUCCCCGAUCAGUCCAUCGGAGCCUGGGAAAUUGGCUGCAGGCUGUCCAGCCGUAUUCGCCCAAGACGGCAUGUGGAGUGCCAAGUUCAACAGUCGGUCCAAUCCGGAGAAGAUCAAGCCAGAGUCCGGCCGCAAGGAGGCCGACUUAGCUCCUUCCAUUCGACUCCCACGCAAACGUUCUUGGCUACAGAGGCGCACAAUUUCCUCGUAGUCCUCGCGUGGUCAAAUCCCCAGAAAUGCUAAAUCUGUAAUUGCAAUUUCAGUCGCCUUUUUGCGGUUUCACGCUCUGGUGUGCAAAGUAAAUGAUUUAUUACUUCAA